GCGGCUGGACGCAGUUGUUUUGAAAGCAGCGCCUGCGAGCAGCUGAGCACUGCGGUGUUUCUGCACCCGGCAGCCCGUCAACACACUCCUCGGACUUCUCUCGCUUAACGCUCGUUUUCCUCGACGACUCGUCCGCUUUGCAGAUUGAUAUUUCUUCCCACACAUCUCCAGGGAUUUUACACAGAAAUAUAAUCACUAAACGACAGCGUCGCUCGCCUGCUGGGAGGACAGCUGGUGCGGUGAUAACAUCGGGACGGGGGUGUCAGGGAUGCGGCGCAUGCUCUGCAAGUUCAUCUCAUCCCUGCCGGCCGCCGAGCAGCAUCAGCAGCGUCCUGCUCAGAGAAGCCAUCGAGUGGAAAUGUUGUGCAUCUGCAGGGAGCCCUGGCCCUGGAGCUCCGCUGGUCGAGCUGAAGAGGCCUGAGUGCUUUCCACCUCCGGAUUAGAUGGUGGCAGAAGGCAAGUGUGCAUGACGAGAUAAACAUUGGCUGUGCAGCCUGCGCUGCAGAUAAGCAGAAGCUGUGAGUCCACUUUCCCUUUUUUUGGGCCUCUUUUGUGCCAGACUAUAUGUGUGGGAGUAGAUGUACCUAUUAAUAAUACAUGUAAUGGGCAGCAGCCCCUGAACUGUGACUGUAGGAUUGGAACUGGGGCAGUUUAUUCUUCUAACCCCUAAAGAAACGUUUGACUGGAAAUAAUGGCUGACCACGAAGAAGCGGAGUUAUCCGAGUCCCUUCAGAAGGAGGACGAGUUUUCCAGCGAGCUGGAGGAACCAUGUGCGGACUUCCAAUGUAAAAGUUUGCCUAUUUUAAAUGAAGAAGGGCCUCAAGAGGAAACCUUACUGGCUAGUUCUGUGUCCAUAACGGCGGAAGAGAGUGCAGAAUUUAUCCAGCUGCCGGCCAAGAGUGAGUCCUCUCAGCCAGAGCCCCCGACGAGAACAAACUGCCUCCCCAAGGCGGGGAAGUCGGCGCUGAACAGGCCGAGCUCGUACAUGGAGAACACGGAGAUCCGUAGGAGUAAAAACAUGGCGAGAAGGAAGCCCCCGGGGUUUUUCGCUUCAAGGCUGGCUCGCAUUCGUCUGCCCAGAAGGAAGUACCUGAACGUUAUCUUACAGGACUCUCGCUGCUUCCUGUUCUGCAUGUGCUACCUGACGUUCAUCCAGUCGCUCAUGGUGUCAGGUUACCUGAGCAGCGUCAUCACCACCAUCGAGAAGCGGUACAGCCUGAGGAGCUCCGAGUCUGGCCUCCUCGUCAGCUGUUUCGACAUCGGGAGCCUCCUAGUGGUCGUCUUCAUCAGCUACUUUGGUGGGCGGGGCCAGAGGCCUCGCUGGCUGGCGGUGGGCGGAGUUUUCAUCGCUGUGGGCGCCGCCCUCUUCUCCUUACCUCACUUCAUCUCCCCGCCCUACCAGAUCCAGGAGGUCAACUCGUCCGCCGGAAACGAGGGCUUGUGCAGCAACAGCAACGCCAGCGGCAGGGACCGCGUCGACAUCGCGUCCUGUCCCAGAGACCAGGAGGGCAACGAGCACAACCUGUACGUGGCGCUGUUCGUUAUCGCUCAGAUCCUGGUGGGCAUGGGGUCCACGCCCAUCUACACGCUGGGACCCACCUACCUGGACGACAACGUCAAGAAGGAGAACGCCUCGCUGUAUCUAGCCAUCAUGUAUGUGAUGGGAGCACUGGGACCAGCAGCUGGUUACCUUCUGGGAGGCGUCCUCAUCGGCUUUUACGUGGACCCCAAGACCGCCGUCACCAUCGAUCAGAGCGAUCCACGCUUCAUCGGCAACUGGUGGAGCGGGUUCCUGCUGUGCGCGGUGGCCAUGCUGCUGGUCAUCUUCCCCAUGUUCACCUUCCCCAAGAAGCUGCCACCCCGACACAAGAAGAAGAAGAGGAGGAAAAAGGUGAGCAUGGACAACCUGUCCAGCGACGACGACGUCCUCAAGGAGAAGAGCAACAACAACAAGAACCAGGCGGUCACCUCGUCCAUGGGCUUCGGGAGGGACAUCAAAGAUCUGCCUAAAGCAGCAGUGAGGAUCCUCAGCAACGUGACCUUCUUGUUCGUCAGCCUCUCCUACACGGCAGAAAGCGCCAUCGUCACCGCUUUCAUCACCUUCAUCCCCAAGUUCAUCGAGUCUCAGUUUAGCAUCCCGGCAUCCAGCGCCAGCAUCUACACGGGUUUGAUUAUUGUGCCCAGCGCCGGCGUGGGCAUCUUCCUGGGCGGUUACAUCAUUAAGAAGCUGAAGCUGGGCGCUCGCGAGUCAGCAAAGCUGGCUAUGAUCUGCAGCGGAGUCUCCCUGCUCUGCUUCUCCACGCUGUUCAUCGUGGGCUGCGACAGCAUCAACCUGGGAGGAAUCAACAUACCCUACACCACCGGACCGACUCUCACGAUGACCCAGAGGAACCUGACCGGAGGUUGUAAUGUGAACUGCGGCUGUAAAAUCCACGAGUACGCUCCCGUCUGCGGCUCUGAUGGCAUCACGUACUUUAACCCCUGCCUGGCCGGCUGCAGCAGCGUGGCCAACGACAGCACCGGGAUCCGUAACUACUCGGACUGCGCCUGCGUCCAGAGCCGGCAGGUCAUCACGCCGUCGUCCAGCGGUCAGGGCAGCAACUCACAGCUGCAGCUCGUCAUCGUCAAGACCUACCUGAACGAGAACGGCUACGCCGUGUCGGGGAAGUGCGACCGCACCUGCAGCACCCUCAUCCCCUUCCUCAUCUUCCUCUUCAUCGUCACGCUCAUCACGGCCUGCGCACAGCCCUCCGCCAUCAUCGUCACCCUCAGGUCUGUAGCGGAGCAGGAGCGGCCGUUCGCUCUGGGAAUGCAGUUUGUUCUCCUCAGGACUCUCGCCUACAUCCCGACACCCAUUUACUUUGGCGCCGUCAUCGACACCACCUGCAUGUUGUGGCAGCAGGACUGCGGCGUCCACGGCUCCUGCUCGGAGUACGACAUCACCUCCCUGCGCUUCGUCUACUUCGGCCUCGCCGCCAGCCUCAAGUUCUUCGGCUUCUUCUUCAUCUUCCUCACCUGGUACUCCAUCAAGUACAAGGAGGAGCGGGUGGAGCGCUGGCUCAAGCGCCACCUGUCGCCCGUCGACACCGUCGGCAGCCUCGUCUGCCACCCGGGCGGCCACAAGGGCCACGCCCGCACCCGCUCCUGCCCUGUCAACAUCCCCCGAACCGACCCCAACGUUCUGCCUGCUAACGCGCCGCCGCGCGCCGGCCCCCUCAACCGAGGCGUCAGCACCCAGAGUUGCCCCGGGAACGAGCUUAAAGCAGUAACUCCUCCCCCUGCGUCUGCGCCACCACCUGCAGCGCCGCCCGCCCCCGCACCGGCCCGUUCUCUGGAACACGUUUCAGUUCGAGUCUGAGGGGGAGGGGCGGGAAGGGGGCGAUCAAGCAGGUCUCACCCGCUGACAUCUUUUAUUCUGAAAUCCAGUCAGCUGAUCAUCACGUGGAGGUCCUGCGUUCAUCAUUGGCCCGUGAAACUCGUCUGCACCAACUGUGGGUCAAACACCUUCACCUGGGAGUCCUGAUCACUCAGAACAUCCAGAUCUGUGGUCCAAUGAGAAGUUGGACUAUUGUUUGGCUCCUCCCACCCUGGAGCCCCUUUCACAUGAGAAAUCUGCGUGGUCGGUGAAAAUGUUGAAAGCAGUCGGGUGUUUUCUUUGUGAUCCAUCAGCCGGCGGACAAAAGGCUUCGCUUCCCCACUUUGGAUGUAGGAGAGUUCAUCGCUCAAAAACCCCAACCUGCCCCCCCCCCCCCACCCCUCCACCGUCACCUCGGCAAUAUGUGCCUUCUGUCACCGCGGUCCUCACAUGUACAGCACACGUGCAAACACACCGGACGUCCCUCAGACAGACUGUUGGUCCCCCUGUAGGAAAAAGAGUCACCUGACCAGAUACCUCAGCUCCUCUGCUCUCCCCCCCCCCCCCCCCCCCCACGUCUGUGUGCUUCUUCUUCAUUUGUGUUUUUUAUUUCUUCACCGUCAUACAAGUGAUUUUUGUUUCCUGUAUAAUCAGCGCUCUCACAGGAACAAGAACAAAAACAAAAACAAAAACAAAAAAAGAACCCUCUGGAAAUGUGACGCACUGAAGUGUGAAGAAGUGUAAACCGAUGGCAUGGUGCUCUGAAGACGAUGUUUAGUGUCCUUCUUCUUUUCUUCUUGUUGGUCAUUUUUUAAGGUUAAACACUUGAAAAGAACCAACUGGACCAGCGCUCACUGGACCAGCGCUCACUGGACCAGCGCUCACUGGACCAGUGCUCACUGGACCAGCGCUCACUGGGCUCAGCGCUCACUGGACCAGCGCUCACUGGACCAGCGCUCACUGGACCAGCGCUCACUGGGCUCAGCGCUCACUGGGCUCAGCAGCUCGGGACGCACAGAAUGCAUUCCUGUCCGACGCGAGGCCUUUUGUUGCUCCCGACACAAAGACGCGUAGCAUCAUCGCUGGAAGUCGGAUUGUUUUGGCUUUUGCCAGCUUCGUACAAUGCAUCCAUACAUCCGAGCUGUUUCCCUCCUGACUCGGCGCCGUGAUAAGUGGUUUAACCUGAAAAGAACAGGAUUGGCAUUUUUUCCUCCUGACCGCAUUCCCGAGUCACCGGGGGUCGUCCACGCGCCCGGGGGGAUACAGGAAACUAAGCUUAGAGACGUAUUGGAGAUUGGACUUGGGAUAGUGCUACGGUCUGUCUUUCUGACUCGUCACCAGGAUCAACGAGAGACGCUGCCAAACGUUUCCCAACGCUGCCGAACACGCAGGCAGACGAGCGUCUCGUAGAGGUCAUAGUGAGUAGAACAGCUGCUGCUGAACUCUGGGAAGGAUCCUGAGGGGAAAGUUAGUUUCUUGCUAAACAUUUAAACCGUAGUCCCGAUGAUUUCUGGGUAAUGACUGAGUAGGAUUUGCAGUUCUCUUUUUCUCUUUGCAACAUAACAGACGACAGUUUGCGUACGUGCAGCUUAAAGUAAAAGAGAAGGUUGUGAAAAAGUAGAAAUUUAGCAAAAUCACUGGAAAAAGACCUAAAAAGCAACCGUUCACUGUCGAGCUGCAGCUAAUGAAUGUUUCCUUUAUCUAUAAAUCUACUAACUACUCUUCCACUUAGCAAUUACGUGCUGGAUCUUAAGAGAAACCGUCAAAAAGAUGUGAAAACACCCAAAAUCCAAAGAGUUUUCAGUGAGAAACACAGAAAAGCAGCAAACGCUGACGUCGGAGAAGCUCUGACGAUUACAUGUUGAAUGUUUGUGCUUGAUAAUCGCUCCAGCUCUCGAUCAGUCCGGCGUAGCUCCAGCAGUCGUAGUAGUUCAUGUGCA